CACGGUUUGCUCUUUAGUGCAGUCAUUCCAUCUCAUAAAGCAGGAAUCACCUGUCAGAGACGACAAGACCGACUGCUUCAGGUGAGGAGGAUAAAGCGACACAUAAGCUAAAAUGCUCCCAGAGAAGCAGCUCCAGUGCAGCAUCUGUCUACAGGUGUUUACUGACCCAGUGACCACUCCCUGUGGACACAACUUCUGCCUAGUCUGCAUCGGGCAGGUGUGGGACAGCAGUGACGACUGCCAGUGCCCCGCCUGCAACAAGACGUUCGCCUCCAGGCCUGACAUAAGCGUCAACACGGCCUUCAAAGAGCUGGCAGACACUUUAAGGCAAAUGAUCGUCUGCUCCUCGGCUUCACCUCUGUCUGCAGCCCAGCCGGGCGAAGUCGUGUGUGACGUGUGCGCCGCCACCUCCCUGCAGGUGAGGGCCCACAAGUCGUGCCUGGUGUGUCUGACGUCGUACUGCGAGGCCCACCUGGAGCCACACCGGACCGUGGCCACGCUGAAGCUGCACAAGCUGAUGGAGCCGGUGAAGAACCUGCAGGACAGGAUGUGCAAGAAGCACGAGCGGCUGCUGGAGAUGUUCUGCAGGAUGGAGCAGAUGUGCGUCUGCCAGUUCUGCACCGAGACGGAGCACAAAGACCACCGGGCGGUGACAAUGGAGGACGAGAGCAAGGAGAGGAAGGUUCACAUGAAGCAAACGCAGGCAGAUUUUCAGCAGAUGAUCCAGGAGCGGCAAAAGAAGAUUGAGGAGAUAAAAAACUGUCUGAAGCUGAGCGCACUGAGUGCUGAGAAGGAGAAGAAGGAGAGCGACAGUCUCUUCACAUCGCUGAUCAACUCCACGAAGGAGAGACAAGCCGAGGCUAAUGCAGAAAUAGAGGAAAGGCAGAGAGCGGCAGAGAAGAGGGCAGAGGAGCUGAUCGGUGAUCUGCAGCAGGAAAUCGCUGAGCUGCAGAGGAGGAACACUGAGCUAAACGAGCUGGAAAACACAGACGACCACCUGCACCUCCUGCAGAAACUGCCCUCGCUUGUGUCACCUCCACCUACCAACAGGGAGUGGUCAGAAACCAGGAUCUACCCUGAACUUUGCGUUGGAACGGUGAGGAGAGCUCUUUCCAGACUGGAUAACACUUUAAGGAAAGACCUGGAUAUCUUUAAGAAAGAAGAGAUGAGGAGGAUGCAAAAAUAUGCAGUGGAUGUGGUGUUGGACCCAGACACAGCCCAUCCAAACAUCGUCCUGUCCCCUGAUGGAAAGCAGGCGGGCCGAGGCGAGCUGCUGCACCUUGUUCCUGACAUUCCCCAACGCUUUGACCCGGUUAUCUGCGUUCUGAGCAAGAAAGGCUUCCGGUCUGGGAGGUUCUACUUUCAGGUUGCGGUUGGAAAUAAGACCUUCUGGGACCUGGGCGUGGUCAAAGAGUCCAUCAACAGGAAGGGUAUGAUCACCUCCACCCCAGACAAUGGCUACUGGACGGUGCGUUUGAGGAACGCCAGUGAGUACCGGGCCCUGGACUCACCUUCCGUCCUGCUUCAACUCCAGAUGAGGCCCAAGACCAUCGGAGUGUUCACAGAUUACGAAGAAGGCAUGGUUUCGUUCUUUGACGUGGAUGACAGAUCGCACAUCUACACCUUCACCGGGUGUUUGUUCUCAGAGAGGAUUUUCCCUUUCUUCAGCCCAGGAGUUUUUGACCACGGGAAAAAUACAGAGCCGCUGAUUAUCACAGCCGUCAGUCACGAAACUUGAAGGUGUUCAGUUUGGAUCAAAUGUGAAGCAAAACAAGUCUGGUUUAAGACUCCAAGAUUUGGUGUAAGAGUCCAACCCGACCAAUCUCGGGUUGGCUUGACAUUUCCGCUUCCAAACUGCAAAGUUUAUGCUGACACAUAAACUGUCAAACAAAAGUUAGUUAAAAACAAGAUAAUUAUUGGAAUAUUAUUGAUGUCUUCAUCAAUAUCCUCUGUCAGUCUUCCCUGUGGAUACAAACAGUGACCAGUAGAGAUGACCAGUUAAACAAUGACUUAGUAAAAUGAUGAAUGACAUGAACCAAUAAUGCUGAUGAUAUCCUUGGUAAAUGUUCAGAUUUUACUUUUACAACAUCAUCAUUGAUCCUCAAAUGUGCUGAAACUAAUUAUAUUUUUUUCACUCAAAUGUUCUACAUUCUUCGGUUAUUGUCACCACUAGUAAAAUAGGUAAAAAGUCUUAGAAUAAAUUUAUAUUUUAUGAUGAACAGCAUGUGACUCUAUAGUGUUCCACAGACUAUGUGAAUUUGUCUGAAUCAAUAUUGGAUGGGAAAUUGUAAUAAUUUAUGUAAUAAAGUGCUUCUAA